CGCAGUCGCGAUAUAAAACUCGUGGGACACGGUUAAGGAUAGUGAAUCGUACGUCGCUGCUCGAACGCGAGACAUAGCAAUUAUCACGCGGCGCGUGGUUAACCUGCGUUUACGAGUCGUCGAAGGAAACCGGAACUUGUGUGUCAUUCCACGAAACGUGCUGCGUCGCACGUUUUUUUUUCGUCUGGCCCGGUGCGCGUAAACGCGUCAAACACGAAGCUUCCAGAGGGCAACAGCUCGGGGUGCAACGACGAGGGGGGUGCAAUGAAAAUGUCGAAGAUAUCCUCGAGUAACAUGAUUAAGCAGGAGAUCAAGGACAUCUGCAAGGACCUCGUCCUUUCGGAUGAUCAGCUUCGACUGGUUAUGGAGAAGCUCAAUGGCGAGAUAAACAAGGGACUAUCGAAGGAAACGCACGAAAGUGCGAUUGUGAAAUGUUUCACAACGUACGUACAGGAUCUUCCAAAUGGCACUGAGAGGGGCAACUUUCUAGCGUUGGAUCUGGGCGGCACGAACUUCCGGGUGCUUCUGAUCACUCUGGACGGCCAGAAAUUCGACAUGAAGAGCAAAAUUUACGCGAUAUCCCAGAGUCUGAUGCUGGGCUCCGGUACUCAACUCUUCGAUCACAUAGCCCAGUGUCUGUCCCUGUUCGUGAAAGAUCUGAACCUGCAGGAUCAGGUUCUACCGCUCGGGUUUACGUUCAGUUUUCCGUUGACUCAGUACGGAUUGACGAAAGGUAUUCUCGUCAGGUGGACGAAGGGCUUCAAUUGCGCGGGGGUGGUGGGCGAGGACGUCGUCGCUCUUCUCGAACAGGCGAUAGAAAGAAGAAAAGAUGUGAAAAUUGACGUGUGCGCCAUCUUGAACGACACCACCGGAACGUUGAUGUCAUGCGCUUGGAAAAACAGGAAUUGCCGUAUUGGACUGAUUGUGGGGACGGGUAGCAAUGCCUGUUACGUGGAGAAGGUGAAGAACGCGGAGUGCGCGAUACCUGGAAAUUACGCUGCCGAGAAACCACACAUGCUAAUCAACACCGAGUGGGGAGCGUUUGGCGAAGGUGGCGUCCUCGAUUUCGUGCUCACAGAGUUCGAUCAUGACAUCGACGACAACUCGAUCAAUCCAAAGAGGCAGCUGUUCGAGAAAAUGAUCUCCGGUCUGUACAUGGGCGAGCUGGCCAGGUUGGUUCUCGAAAAGGCCGUCAACAGUGGCCUCCUCUUUGGCGGGAGGUGUCCCACCGAUCUCAAGAAACGCGGCAAAUUCUUCACCAAAUACGUAUCCGAAAUCGAAAACGACCCGAAAGGAAAUUACAUGAACUGUCGUCAGAUUUUAGGGGAACUCGGUAUGCAAAACGUGAACGAUCAGGAUUGCGAGAAUGUUAGAUACAUUUGCUCCAUUGUUUCGAGGAGGGCGGCUCACCUCGCCAGCGCUGGAAUCGCUGUGCUACUGAACAAAAUCGAUGAGGACAACGUCACGGUCGGGAUCGACGGUUCGGUCUACAGAUAUCACCCCCACUUUCACGAUCUUAUGACCGAAAAAAUUAGCCAAUUACAGAGUCAUAAGUUCGAUUUAAUGCUGUCUGAGGAUGGUAGCGGCCGCGGUGCGGCGCUAGUAGCCGCGGUAGCCGCGCAGAGAAGCUAAGGGCUGAACCGCGUCCGUUCGAUUUAGCUUAAAUUAAGUUAUUUUACGCAGUAACGACACAAAUUUUCACACCUAUACGAGAAUCAUUUACAUACACGUACACACGGAUCGCAGAGACACACGUAUGUGUCGAGAGAAAAAAAAAGGUCGAGCGUACAUCACACAGUGUACAAAUUUGUAUUGUACUCGGAUCGAAAAGCGUAACCUGAAGCUCUUUGACAGAGGUCCAGUUGAUUGGAAUAUAUAUUUAUUUGAAAUGGGAGUCCGUUCCCAUAUAUUACUUUUACGAAACGUAACAACGAUAGAGAAAUUUAACAAAAAGAUGAAAAGAACAAAAAAAAAAAGAGAACAAUGGUACAUCUCGUUGCGUGAUUCGUCGCGCGGUCCGGCGAGUGAUUCGAUCGUCGUGACGACGUUUAAAAUUGUACAUACAGUGGGGGGAUAGAAGUAUUCGUACACUUGGAAUAUAGAAAUAAAAGCAACAAUAUUUUCUAUAUUAUUAACUAUAUUCAAACAUAUGUUGCUGUAUAUCAUACAUAACACUUAGAACAACAAACGAGUAAAAAAAUAAAGGCAAUAAUAUCAUUUAGUAACUUAAUAUGGAUUGAAAUUCACACGACGAUCAGAAUUCGCUGGGACAAAAGUAUUCAUACAUUAUCAUUUAUGUUGAUUCGAACACGUCCCCCUCCAUGCAAUCAAAUUUCAUUCGCUGAUGAAAGUAAAAUUUUUUUAUAUGUUUCAUUAUAUCCUCGUGGGAACAUUGGGAAUCGAUUGUCGACGUCUUCACGAUGGAAACGAGUCCAAACACGGCUCAGUUUGGACGAUUUUUAUUUUCUCGUUUAGUUGGAAUUUUUUCAAAAAACAAUUUCGUCCGACUUUUAACGAAAGUGGUCGUGUUUGGGCUCAUUCUCAUCGGGAGAACCUCGCCAAUCUAUUGUUAAUGUUUUUACAAAGAUACGGUAAAUAUAAAAUUUUCAUUUUGCAACGAAAGAAAGGAAUUAUUGUAUUCGAUUGCAAGGAUCACGAAACGCGUCUGUAUCGGAUGGUAUCGAAAAAGUAGAGCGAGACGCUCGAUGGACGGAUCCUUGGUUCACAUAGAGCGAUUUAUAAAUGAUUUGUAUCGUUGUUUCAUCCUACAGUAAUAUUAUCGUAACGUGUAGAGCGCGUGAGCGAGCGACGGAUGGACGAACGAUGCGAGAAUGGACGAACGAAUGCGAAAUAGUGUGUUUUACAUGCAGUUUAUUAGCGACAAGUAGUACCGUUUUAAGGGAUUUUAGGCGGUUUGAAAAAAUAUGUUUAGAUUUGUAGGGCCACGGUCGCGGCGUUCGCGCGAAACGACCCGGAAGAAAAAC